AUGAUUGUCUUCCUCGUCUCCCAUGGUGCCCCGGUCUCCGAGCCUUUCAACGAAUAUUGCUGUCCGCUGCUGCAAGGACUUAGGCACAGCGCUGUGAGCCCACUGGAGCCGGCACUGAUGCGAAAGCAGUUCUCGAGCGCCUUGCGGCUGAUGUACCACGGCGCAGAUCGCUUGACGAUCAGCUCACAGUAUAAGGACGCGGUAGAGACAUCGCUUCUGGACGAGACCAGGUGCAAUCUAUACUGGUUAAAGGACUCGAUCGACUGGGCUGCGAUGAGAGGUACCAUCAAGACCGUGCAGCGGAGUCUGAGUUGGAGGACGAUCUUCUCUCAGCCGGUCGACCGCAACUCGACGCCGCUUCUCUACCUACAGCAGCUCUGGGCCAUGCGCUACUUGCUCCUCGGCGAGGGUAUCGAGGACCUCAGAGGGGGGUAUAUUUACAGAUGGGUAGCGAACACAAGGAAGUCGGCAAGGUCGAAGAAGGCGACAAGGAACCAAAAAGAGCCGUCUCGGAUGCUCCCGCGAGAGCCGGUACCAGUUCGAGAGAUGGAGAGCGCGGACAUGGCCACACCAUUCGGCGCCUUGCCGUAUGACCCAACCGUCAACACCACCGACGAGCCAGCUGCAAAACGCCUCAAGACACUGGCUUGUUUACGCUGCCGACGCAGAAAGCAGAAGUGUGACGACAGCCGGCCCUGUGCCAAUUGCACGCGGUCCGGUGAGGACUGCCACGAAGUCGCCCCUAGAUCGUUCAGCCAUGUUAAUGGAAUACCCCCAACGCCACAAGUACCUCUCUCAUGGAUAGGCGACAUUCCCUCUCUGGAGGAGCGAGUUUCUCGUUUGGAACGAUCACUACGCCCCGAUCAGUACAGCCUCGAUAACCAUGAAGUGGGUGAUGGCUUUCACGCGCAAGCUCCUCAAGCGAGGGAGCUUGAAUCGGCACGGAGCCUCGAAGAGCUCAAGUAUGCCGGCGUCUCCAAUGGGGCUUCAGACGCUCGAGCAUUGACACGAAGCUCUCCUGCCAUUGGAUUGCUGGCCACUUUCGCCCGCUCCGAGGAGAUGCAACCACCGACAAAUUUAGGCGCAAGUCCCAUGGGAUCACGAGAUUUAACACAAGCCAAGGCUAUGACCCAGCAAGGAGGCGGCGAUGAGCAAUCAGGUAUUCCAGUCAUUGAUGUUCCCACGGAGCAGAUACUCUUCGAUACAUACUACACCAGAAUUCACUGCCGCUACCCUUUCCUCCGGCUCGACCACUUCCGAGAUCCGGCGGUCAGGCCGAGUGGCAUCUGGGCCGGCUAUUUCACCAACAUGAUAUUUUCCAUCGGACUACUCCUGGGCAAAAGCAGCGAGUUACACAUGUCAACCGACAACCACCAAGCAUUUUACCGUUUAGCUGUGACGAGAUAUCUCUCGCAUGUCUUUGCUCAGCAAGAUCGGCUUCUCCACAUUCAAGCCUACUUGCUUCUGGCCAUGCAUGCGCUGUACUCCCCAUCAACCGAGAGAAUCAUCUCGAUAGCAUCAGCGACAAUGCGCUAUUGCGUCAUGUCACAACUUCACCUUGCCGGCGCAGAGCCCAGCCCAAUGGAUGUUAACACCAAGGUUCAGGUGCAAACCAGGCGAAGAGUUUUCUGGUCUGCGUAUGCCCUGGACCGAGCCGUAGGGACUAUGUUUGAUCUUCCAUUCUCGAUCCCCGACUACCAGAUCACAGUCAAACUCUACGCUAACAUUGACGACGGCGAUCUAGACGACAGAUGCCAAGCAGCCUUUCCCGAGGAUCCGCAAAGUCAACCAAGUCUCACAAGUGUCUCUGCGGCUCUCCACGUUGUAUAUUGCAGGCAGAUACAAUCGGAAAUUCUGAAUACCACUCUCCAUCGCGACUUCGCCAUCCAAUUCGACCGCCUCUCGAAUUGGCGGCUUAGGAUCCUUGAGAAGCUCGAUCGCUGGAGAUCCCUCUGUCACCGGUACUCGGACUCCCACUCGCGGUCUUACACUAGCAGCGAAUGGCUUCAUAUGAUCUACAACUACAGUCUUGCCAUGCUUUACCGGCCCACGAAGUCCAGUGUCAAGGGCCCUGCCGGUGAUUGGACGGUCAAGUGCUGUGUACAGGCCUGCCUCAUUUUCCGGAGGUUUCAGAAGGAAAACACCAUAAGUGAAGCUUGGCUGGCCCUUUUGGCACAGUUCAAAUGUGGUGUCGCCUUGCUGUACUGCUUCUUUGCCACACCGCCUCAACUACGGUCGGUCACCUACCACGGCCCUGAUGUAUCCGAAGCAGUAAGGGCCUGCAGCAUCAUCCUGUCUCUGCUUGCUGAGCGCUGGCCACAGUCAGCACCACUGAGAGACUGUUUCGACAUAUUGGCCAAGGAAAUACCGCUGUCGGAGUUACCUGCCGAGCAGCCAGGAAGAAUCCGACAAGACUCUGCUGAUGCUCUCAUAUCAUUGCUCACGCAACUUGAGACGAUAGUCGUACACCGGGACACGCUGCGAAUGAUAAAAGAGAUGGCGACUGAGCCAUAUCCACGACCAACCGAUGCACGGGACGAACAGGAAGAUCAAACUCACGAUGAGGCGAAUGCGGAUGAUGCGAACCACGGCAUUGAAAACGAUGCUGCCUCUCUGAAGACGACAAUGACAGGGGACAUCUUCCAGCCAAUGACACCACACUUCUUCUUACCCGAACUCGUGGAGCCGGAGGACGGACUUGACUACGCAGCGCUUGGCUUUCCUGGUAUAUUUGAUCCCGGUGUGCCAUUUUGA